GACGGGAGGAGGAGCGGUGCAGGUACUGGAUAUUCCCGCUGGGUUGGAGAGGGAGGAGAUGAAGGGGAGGAACCUUGAGGACGGCAUGGCAACGCAAACCUUGUGAAUCAGAGACACCUCAGCUCCUGUUCAGCUCUCCCCUCACAGCAGCAGCAGCAGCAACCUGCGGUGGUCAUGCUCAGCCUCAUCAAGUUCCAACGAGUCCUCACCAUCAACCAAGUGCCCAAAGUUUUCCAUGAGGACAGCAUCAUCUCUGGGUACCGGCACCCUCGCAGCUCAGCCACGGACUGUGUCCUGAGCCUCUUCCAGCUGACCAAUGAGACGCUCAACAUCUGGACCCACUUCCUGCCAACAUGGUAUUUCCUGUGGAAACUUGUUACCGUGGUGCUGAUGCAGACGGCAUGGCAGGACGCCUUCACCUGGCCUCUGGUGGUCUUCCUCAUCUCCUGCUGCAUUUAUCCGCUCGCAUCGAGCUGCGCUCACACCUUCAGCACCAUGUCUGCGCGGGCACGCCACAUCUGCUUCUUCUUUGAUUAUGGUGCACUUAGUCUCUACAGCCUCGGGUCAGCUGUCAUUUACUCAGCCUAUGUUUUUCCCGAUAAGUGGGUGAACAGCUCUUUUCACCGAUACUACAUCCCCAUCGCGGUGUUUAACACCGUCUCCUGCACCACCCUGGCCUGCUACUCCAGGCUUGGCUUGCCAUAUCUGCAAUAUAAUCAUGACACCGUAAAGAGAUUCCCUGAGUGCCAGAGCCCAAAGUUCAGCAAAGUUCUUCGUGUUAUUGCAUUUGCCUUCCCCUACAUGUUUGACAACAUUCCUCUGUUUUAUCGGGUGUUCCUGUGUGCAGGAGAGGGCUGUACUCACAACGAAGCCAACAUCCUCCACUACUACCACAUCGCCUUGGGUCUCCUCACAGGCUUUCUGUUUGCCACGCAUUUACCUGAGCGUCUGGCACCUGGCAGCUUCGACUACAUAGGUCACAGCCACCAGCUCUUCCAUGUGUGUGCCAUCCUUGGCACCCACUUCCAGAUGCAGGCCAUGGAGCAGGACAUGGUGGCACGACGGCCCUGGCUCACCCUAAACUCCAUUCCCAUCACGUUUGCCAACUCAGUGGGUGUAGCACUGGUUUGUGUGGUGCUGAAUUUGAUUAUCAUCGCUCUUUACAGUCUGCCUCUGCUCUCUGCCCCAGUGUGCCCAGAGAAGAAACAUGACAAAGGUCCAAAAUGAGGCUCAGCUGAACUCUGUCCAGUUACGGAUGAGUGAAGAGGGUGCAUUGCAGUGUCAUAGAAAAGCAUGUGUAAACGCAUAUCAGCUCAGUGUUUAGACAUCACUGUGACAGCGUUUGUAAAAUCUACAGAUAAGCUAAAAAUCAGAGCACAAAUACUUUGCAAUGAAUGUAGUGGUUUGUGCAAAGUCAACAAAGCAUGAUACCACAAAAUGUAAUGAAUUUAAAUAUUUCUUGGGAAACAUAUUCUUGCACAAAGCUAACAAUGCACUGAUUUGCUACAAUCUAAAGCAAUGAGUUGAAUGUUUUUGAAGAUUUCUUUUAUUUCCUUCUCUGAUAAACACUAAAGUGGUACAUGAAGAGACUACAGCUAAUAAAGAUCUCAAGUUUAAAACUGACUUUUAAAGCCAUUCUUUGUAGCAAUGGCAUUUUUGACCACACAAGGGCAGCAUAUCACAAAAAAAAGUUAACUGUCAGCUGCUGAUGUGAGACACGGCAACUUAAACUUUUAGAGGGACAAAGUGAUUUUUACCAGUCAAGCCGGACCGUUCCCACAAAAAGUAUUGUCAGGCUUUUUUGUAAACACGGCAGAGCUAUAUGCCCCCGUGUGGUCAGAAAUGGUAUUGCUAUAUAGAUCAACCUUUAAUUUUGAAUCUAAAAACUGAAUUUUGAUGCUGUACUAUACUUUGUAUUUGUAAUUUUUGUGCUUGUACCCAGCCUAAUGAAAUGAACUGUACAGUUUUGACAGAUGUCAAAGGUCACUGAUAAUUUAGGCUGUUUUUAAUAAGGGCUAAUACAUUCCGAUGAAUUUAUUCCUGCCAAAAGUAAUGUGUCUAGAUGUUACUGCACUGAUCCUUUCAACGUUUUAUGUAUGGAAAAAGUGUUCACAAAAAGUGUUGAAAUGUAAACUUAUUUA